ACUGUCAAGCAAUAAACAACUUGAGCAAAGUGAAAGUGUGGCAGUGCAAACAAUUGUGAAAUGUUCUUAAAAGUAAUUGUGCUGGUUGCACUGGGUGUGCUGUUGCAACAGAGUGGAUGCGCAAAAGCGCAAAUUCGAAAGAAUGUCGUCUGUUAUCACGGCACUUGGGCCACAUAUCGGCAAUCAAGUGGCAAAUUCGACGUGAAUACCAUUGAUCCCUUCUUGUGUACACAUCUUAUGUAUGCUUUCUUUGGGAUUGAGGAGAGUGGGGAUUUGCGCAUUAUCGAUCCGUAUUUGGAUUUGGAGGACAACGGCGGACGUGGCAAUAUACGUAAAUUCAAUGCACUCAAGCUACAAAAUCCCACACUGAAAACAUUGGCGGCGAUCGGAGGUUGGAAUGAGGGUUCAGCGAAUUUCUCGAUCGUGGCGAAUGAUCCAGAACGGCGUAAGCGAUUUGUGCGCUCGGUAGUGCAUUUUGUACAACGACAUAGUUUCGAUGGUGUCGAUUUGGAUUGGGAAUAUCCGAAUCAGCGACACAAUUUGAACUACGACGAUAAGACUAACUUUAUAACGCUGCUGCGCGAACUGAAAGAGGGCUUGGCCCCCUAUGAAUAUUUGCUCACUGCCGCUGUAGGCUCCUCAGCCGCAUCUGCUUCGAAGUCGUAUAAUAUAACGGAGAUCUCAAAGUACUUAGAUCUUAUCAAUGUGAUGGCAUACGAUUUGCAUGGUCCAUGGGAUCCGGUCACUGGCAAUAAUGCGCCGCUCUUUGCAGGACCCAACGAUAUUACCGAGAAGAAUAAGCAACUGAACUUGGAUGCCAUAAUGAAAUAUUGGCUAAGCGAAGGUGCGCCACGCGAGAAACUAGUGGUUGGUGUACCAUUCUACGGACGCUCCUUUACGCUCUCCGAUGCGGAGCAACACACUGUCGGUGCACCACAUUUGGGACGUGGCCUUGCCGGCCAAUACUCCAUCGAACCGGGCUCAAUAGGCUACAACGAGCUCUGCGAACUCAUGCAAACCCAACCUUGGAAGGAGGAGUGGGAUGAGGCGCAAAUGACACCGUACGCAUAUAUGGGACAACAGUGGGUGGGCUUUGAGAAUCCGCGCAGCAUUGGCCUGAAAGCGCAAUAUGUGAGGGAUAACGAUUUGGCCGGCGUGAUGUUGUGGUCAUUGGAAUCUGACGAUUUCCGUGGCACUUGUGGUGGCGAGAAAUAUCCGCUCCUGCAAACUAUCAAUCGUAUACUCUUCGAUGGUCACACCGCAACGGGUCUAACGCAAGCAGUGCUGAAUUCGGUGGCAGAAACCAUACAACGACCUGCGGCGGCGGGUGUUGUGGCGUCGUCCGCUGUGGGCGGACAACAGCAGCAGCAACAACAGCCGAUAGUGCCGGAUCCGCGUGGCAAUGGCGAGUGUGGCAGCGAGGUUGAAGGUUAUUUGCGUGAUACGCACGAUUGUGGCAAGUUCUACUAUUGCCAGCGCGGUGUCAGCUACACAUUUAAUUGUCCGCAAGGCUUGCAAUUCGAUUUAACAACAGGCAACUGCAACUACGCGCAAUUGGUGCAAUGUAAGGGGACUUGAGAACCGAUAAUAGAAUCGAAAUUAUUAUUACACUAGUUGCCUAUAGUAGGUGUCGUGUAACGGGAAUAUGUGUUGUAUACGAAAAUAAACUUAAGAUGUGUUAUUUGAAUAAAUAAAAGGGCAUAGAUAUAU